AGAGGAAUAUCAAAUUGAUGACCUGACACAAGGUUAUUUCCAGUGUGGUUAUAUAUACCCAGGUACUAUUUAGUAAACACCUCACAAAUUAAUAAGACGUUGAUAGAAAGAGAUUGGAUUAUAUCUAGCUCUUAAUAAAAUUAGUUCAACAUGGCAAUUAAAUUAAUAGGAUUUUUUUUGUGCAUAAUCAUGAUUAAGGAAAUAUCAAGUCGAUCAUUUCCUUCAUACUUCAAACCAUGCAAGCGAGAUGAUCCCAACAUUAAUGAGUGUUUAAUGAAGUUAAUGGAAAACAUUCGACCCUAUAUUAGUAAAGGAAUACCAGAAAUGCACAUAUUACCUUUAGAUCCGAUGAUGAUACCAUCUGUGACUUUGAAUCAAAAUUCAGCUGGUUCAGUUAAUUUCGUUGCCUUGUUUACAGAUUUGAAGGGUUACGGUGGAAAAAAUUUUCAAAUUCAUAAAAUUAAAGCUAGUAUCAAAAAUCAAUCUUUGGAGAUCGACUUAAAUUUGCCUUUGUUCAGAAUCGAAUCCAGAUACGAAGUCAAUGGACAAAUAUUAGUACUGCCUAUUAAAGGAAAUGGAAAAUUCGUUGGAAAUUUCACUAACGCUCAUGCAAAGAUUAAAUUUGAAUUAAAAUUUGUUGAAAAAAAGAAUCACAAAAACUUUAUUGAGAUUAAAAAAAAUAAAAUAAGUUUGGAAUUAGGAGGAGCAAAAUUACAUUUUAGUAAUUUGUUUAACGGCAACAAAGAAUUAGGUGAUCAAACAAACCGAUUUAUAAACGAGAACUGGACGGAUCUGAUGCAGGAAACAAGACCAUUGAUUGAAGACACUGUGGCUGCUAUAGUCCUGGGUAUUUUCAAACCAGUAUUUGAGACAUUUAGUAUGGAUGAUCUAUUUCCAGUCUAGGUGACUCGACAAUAUGAUGUAUAUAAAAAAUUGUGUGUUAUUUUACGUUAAAAAAAUGUUAUUUUUUUUUAAUUUAAAAAAUUGUAUGAUAGUAAUAUUAUAUUGAUUUGCCUAUAGAUUAUAUUAGAGAUUUCUAGGCUCUCUAGGUUAUAUUAUUAUUUUUAAUGCAUAGAUAUGAAUGUCUUGGAUUUAUACAUCAACAUUUUUUCAUAAUCACAUUUAUGUAUGAAACGUUUUAUAUCAUGCAAUUCAGCAACUCUAUUUUUUCAUGUUCAUGCAAAUUAUAAUAAUAGAAAUAUUGCACCGAAACUCAAUAACAAUCAA